AUGCUCAAAAUUGGUUCCUAUAACAUUCAAAAGGCCAUCGGCCUGGAUGCUCGCCGAAGACCGGACAGAACACUCAAGGUGAUUCAGGAGUUGAAUUGCGACGUUCUUGCGCUUCAGGAAGCCGACAAGCGGUUUGGACCACGCGAGAGCACUCUGGACAGGGACACCAUUCUCUCGGAGACGGACUAUCGACCCGUUCCAUUCGCGAAGCGCGAGAAGAGCCUUGGCUGGCACGGCAAUGCAAUCCUUGUUCGCAACUCGAUCGGGAUUCUCGACUUUCGCAGACUGGAUCUGCCGACGCUGGAACCGCGGGGCGCGGUAGCAGCGGACCUGGAAAUCGACGGAAUCAAAAUCCGCGUCGCCGCGAUGCACCUCAGCCUUGUCAGUCAUUUCCGGAAAAAACAGAUCACCUCGCUCAUGCACCAAUUGCAUGAGCAUCUGGAAUAUCUGCCCACGGUGCUCAUCGGCGACCUGAAUGAAUGGCGGGACACUGCACGAAGCCUGAAGCUGUUCGAAGAAAGAUAUGAGGUCACGACACCCGGCAAGAGUUUUCCAAGUCCCCUGCCCGUCGGCAGCCUGGACAGGAUCAUUACAAGUCCUGAGUUCACCGUAAGCCAGGCAGGCGUCCACACGUCCAAGACCGCGCGUAUCGCGUCUGAUCAUCUGCCGGUGUGGGCCCAUCUCUCUCUCGGGACGGCAGGUCAUCUGGCUCCAGCACCGGAUGCGCACUAG